CCAUCGUCCUUUGCUUGCGGGUGUUUCAAACAUGGAGGAGCGGGAGCGGCGAGGGGGCUCGGGCAGGGCGGGGAGCCCCGGGAGUCCGCCCAGCCCUCGGCUGGAUGUCAGUUCGGACCGCUUCGAUCCGCUGCUGGCCCUCUACGCACCGCGCCUGCCGCCUAUCCCCUACCCUAACGCUCCCUGCUUCAACAACCUGGCCGAGUACGAGAGCUUCCUGCGGCUGGGCGGUCGGGGCCGGGGCCGGGGCCGGGCUCGGGGUCAGGCUGGCCCCGGAGCUCCGGGCACUCCCGCCCCGGCCCCCGGCCCCGCUUCGUCCGCCUCUGGCUCAGCGCGCCGGACCUCCCGCCGCCGCGGAGCGCCAGUCCCGGACCCCGAGCGCAUCCAGCGGCUCCGCCGGCUCAUGGUAGCCAAGGAGGAGGCGGACGCCGGGGCCACUGGCCAGGGCAGCAGCGGACGCCCCGGCCGCAGGAGGAAGGCGCCGCGUAAUGUCCUCACCAGAAUGCCCCUGCAUGAGGGCAGUCCACUGGGUGAACUUCAUCGCUGCAUCAGAGAAGGGGUGAAGGUCAAUGUUCACAUUCGCACUUUCAAAGGGCUUAGAGGUGUCUGCUCUGGCUUCCUGGUUGCAUUUGACAAGUUCUGGAAUAUGGCACUUACCGAUGUGGAUGAGACUUACAGAAAACCAGUUCUGGGGAAAGCAUUUGAACGUGAACCUCCUUUAACUCUCACCAGGCUGUUUGACCGACUCAAACUUCAGGAUUCCUCUAAAAAGGAAGCUGACUCCAGGUCGAUGGUUGAGGACUCUACAUUGUCCCGAUAUUCACAAACAUCUACUUGGAAGAUGGCCACAGUGUGGGGGAGAGAAGAUGAGGAUCGGGGAUCACAGAAACGUUCCCGUUCAGCACCUUCUUCACUUCUGACAGCUGGAAAGGAAGUUUCCAGGUCUGACUUGUCAGGCAGGACUACACGGACAGAGGGCUCUAGUGCAGGGGGUUCUAAUUCAAGGGGCCGAUCUCGUAAGAAAAGACAGAAGCCUAAAGUAGAUUACCAGCAGGUAUUCACACGGCACAUUAACCAGAUAUUUAUCCGAGGAGAGAAUGUUCUGCUUGUCCACCUUGCCCAGUGAUCAGCUGAGCUUUGAGUAUUUUAUUUUUAGAAAUAAACCGCAUGAAUUACAUUUGCACUGUGCUUCUUAGCAUCCCAGUGAAAAGCUAAUUUGAAGUGAUUCCCUCUGACCAUAGAUAUAUAGAGGAAGGAGCUGAGUCUAGAACCCUGUGGCAUAUCUGCUUGUCCACAAAGAUGGGGAUAACCUGCUACCACAUAAAAAAGACAGACCCUUUUUAGAAUGAGUGGCUGUUCAGAGGUAGAAAGCAUCAUUAUAAAAUACAAAUCUUUUCAUUUAUACAUAGAUAUAAAUUAGAUUUGAUUUCAUGUGCUACUAUCAAUAGUCUUGAGAUAAAAAUAGAAAAAGGAUGGCCUUUUUGACUCUUACUGGAGUCAUAUGUCUGUAACUUACCACAGACACCACAACAUGAAAAAAAGAAUCCUGUCUUAAAAUGAUGUGGUGUCUGUGGUGAGUGCUCAUGGAAUUUCUUUUUAAGAGAUAAUGAUAUGAAUUGCAAUGCCAUCUCUACACUUACCACUGCAUUUUACAUUGUAUCAUUCAUCUUUCUGGACUUUCUCCUGAUCAGGGACUAGAAUUUAUGAGCUUUAUUGAAUAUUCUUAACAUCCAUGGAACUCACCAACUUGUAAGUGGGAUUUGUUCAGGUGGUAUGUUAUAAACACCCAGCAUUUAAUAUACCAUAGUUGUCCCUAUUAUCAUUGCAAAUUCAGUAGCUUGAUUAAUAUGUUUACUGGCCUGAUAAAGUUACUUUCUGUGUACGGUGGAUCAGAUAGGAAUUGUGUCCUAUCUUCUUGUCCUUUUGCUGUCCCUGACUUUUGUGGCAUGCUGUUGGUGCAUGAGCUGGUGUGGCAUGGCAUUCAAUGCAAUAAGAGUUGUCCUGUAAGCUGUGUGGCAUUUGUGGUGCCAUGCAAAUUAUUGUGCUUAAUUUAGCUUAAGUGAGUUCAGUAUAAACUCAGUGACAUACACAUAUCUUAAUUGCUAGAACUCCUUCUCUUGGAGCUGGGAACAAAGGGUGCUUUUUGCUUGAUUCUAAUGUGAAAUGGGGAGGUUAUUUCUCCCUUAUAUCUGGCCAAAGAGGCUUUUGCAACCUGCGAUCAUAGGUAGCAUUCAUUUCAGAGGGACAUUGUAACCCAAGGUGGUACGUGCAACAAGAACACCAUAGAAAUGUGACUUCCAACCAUCUGUUGUGCUUCUACUGUAGUGAUCUUUUGCUCUUUAACUGAGCCAAUAUGAAACAGGCUACAUCCUGAAACAAACUGUUAGACAUUAUUUAACUGUUUUUGGAUUGACUGUUUUCUUUCCUUUUUUUUCCCCUAUAGCGAGAGUUAGCUUUUGUGCAGAAUGAUAAUAAGCUCAUUAAUUAGUUAGUUGCUCAAGUAUACGGAAAGAAAAGUGCUGUGUAACUUGUGGCAGAAACCCUUAGAGAAGGAGUUGGAGCUCAGGUAUAGAAAGUUGAUUUGCAUCCUGCUGCUUUUUCAUAUUGUGAUUAUAGGUAAGUCAGUAACCCCUUGCUGCCUCAGUUUUCCCCAUCAGUCAAAUGGGGAAAUAAGAUACCUACCUCACAGGGGUAUUGGGAAGAAAAACCUGAAAAGCAUUUUGAAAACAAAGUCUGUUAUUUAAGUGCCAGCUAUGGUUUUACUAACUUUCUUAGCUUUUUAAGGUUUGUUAUCUUGUGGUCAAGGCAGGUGCUAUGUCAAUAAGAUAGUAAUUAUUUGUCAUUAGGGAUAUAUGUGAUCUUCCAAAAACUUUAAAACCAAAAGAUAGUCAGGUUCUUAAGAAUGUCUGUGUUCCAUUCCCAUCUUCUAAGGAGUAAUUGUAUUCCUUAGAAAAUACCACAAAUGUGAAGACAAUGCCAAUUUGGGAAUCACCCUCUCCAUUCUUUGUCUUUUCCUUUGGUAUUUUUAAAGAAUCUGUCCUGGACUGCCUCUAGAAUAGGGGGUUAUAGUGCCAACAAAAGAACAAGUCCCUAAAAGUGCCUCACCUUCAAAGGGAAAAUCAUGGGGAGCUUUUAAAUUUUUAAAUAAUUUUAAGAAUUCUAUUUCUAAAAGCUAAUUGUAGAUGCUAGUGUUAGAAAAUUAUAUAGCAUUUGAAUGGAAAUAACUUUUAAAACUUGACAAAAUGAGUGACUCAGUUAUAUGAUCCUUAUAAUAUUUUUCCAAAAAAGUCAGUCUUCAAAAAUUGGAUUUGGGAAGGUAUAUGUGGCAACAUGGGCACCAGCCCCACCUACCAGUAUUGCCAUUUUAGUUCACCUUACCUCUGUCCCAGAAUAAAAACUACAGUGAAUGCUUACUUUCCCAGAAAAAACAUAUCCCAGGACAAUAAUCAAAGGGAUUUAUGAAAAACAUGUGCUAAAUUUUCAGUGAUCAUGCUGAUUUCCAAUAGACAUAGUCUAAUUUUUCAAAAAUGGUAAAUAAUUUCUGAUUGCCUCUAAAGUGUGUAGGCUAUUCCUUGUGCUUAGGAUCUCAUCAUUUUUCUGUCAGUUUCAGAAAGGGUUCAUCUAAAUAGCUUUUAUAAGUCUUAUAAGUUGUAUAUGAUUCAUCAUGCUUGAUCAAUCAUAUACAUCAUGAUGUCUUCUUGGGUAUGACUUGGCUAUUGAUUCCGCAGUGUUUACUGUCUAGUUAAAAAAAAAAAAAAUUACAAGAUGGUAUUGUAUUGAAAACUUAAUAGAACAAUCUUUUUAAAAAAAAAAAAAAACCUCAUCUAUUCUGUUUGGAAAAGAAAAACAACACUUUUUCAUCAUUCCUAAAAAUAUAACUUUGAAAGGGAAAAAUCACUCCUCAGGUGAUCUGUUGCUCAAAGGUAUUAUCUUUACAAACUCAUGUUUGUUGCAAUAAAUGUAGUUAAACUCAUAACCUUCAGAAUGAGGGAACGUGUAAGGAAAGGGAAAAUAAGAUUCUUAAAAGCAUCUAUCCCAAUUAAUUUAAUAAAAAGACCUUAAAACAAUAUAGUCUGGGGGCAGCUAGGUGUACAAUGGAUAGAGUACCAGCCCUGAAGUCAAGAGGACCUGAGUUCAAAUGUGAUCUCAGACACUUAACAAUUCCUAACUGUGUGACCCAGGGCAAGUCACUUAAUCCCAAUUACCUCAGCAAAAACAACAACAACAACAACAACAACACACAUAUAUAGUCUGUAUUUAGUGAACUUAGUUCAGAUAGAGGAUGUCAUAUUGUUUUGGUAAAAUGACUAUUAUAUGUGUGGUAAAUCAUUCAUGCAUUUCAAGAGCUGAAACUUUUGGGAUUAGCUGAAGACUCUUAUUGAUUAUUAGAAUGGGCAGAAAGGGAAAUGGAUGGGUAGCUUCAUGUGUUUACAAUAUUUCAGGAUCCCUUUUGUGCAUACAGAGUUAUUACUACAAACCUAUCAUUAAAGGUAAUGCACUUUAAAUUAUUUUUCUAGUAAUAAGGACAGAUUGCUAUUGAAUUAUCUGACCUUUUUUUAUCCUUUCUACCUUUUGAACAAAGGUGCAAUCUCACUGGCCAAGGUUCAGCAGUGACUAUAACUUAAUACUUGAAACACUCUUUUCUGCACAGAUUGUGUGCAUCAAAUCAGAACAAUAAAUUAGCAAAAUUGAAAAUUAGAAGCAUAACCAGGUCUUAGAAUUAAUGCAAAUGAGCCUAGCUAAUGAGGUCAUCAUAUUCAAAUUUGCAUUUUCUGUUUCGAUUGGACUGGAAUUAUUAUUUUAAAUAAUUGUAACUUCAAAUAUUGUGAAUUCAGUACUUUCAACCCCUUCAGGGGAUGCAUUGUGUGUAUUAAUUGGGCCCAUCUUGUACAAAAAUUGUUGCCAUGAAAAGUCAGGCAACCAUUCUCCCCUUUAUAGACAGAAUUGUAUAGAAUUCAUGUGGAAGUAGACUUGGUCAACCAUUCUCCCCUUUAUAGACAGAAUUGUAUAGAAUUCAUGUGGAAGUAGACUUGGUCUUUUCCUGUCUUUCUAGAAAAAGUUUAUAUUGUGAAUAUUAAUUUUUUUAACUUCCACUUAUGUUAGCUGCCAAUGGAAAAUUAUACAUUGGACUAUAUUUUAUAAAUUAUUUCCACCUGUCAAAUUCACCUAAAUGUUUUUCCUAGGAAAGAAGGCAUCCAAAGACAUUCAGCCAUUCACUGGUGCUACCCCUAAACAGUGUGUGUGUGGUUUUUGUUUUUGUUUUAAGGCAAAUUCUAUGAUGAUACAACUGUUGGUACAGGAGUAAUAAUGACCUCUAAAUACAGUCUUUGAAAUUUCUCAUUUCACAAUAGGUCAGGUACAGAGUUCGCUAGAAAGAAUCCUUUUAAACAAUAAAAUUUAAUCAUUUAUUUGGCUUCAGCCUGUAUCUCACAGCCACAUACAUAAUCAGCAUUUAGUACAUGUUUGUUCAAGAUUUCUUCAGUGGGCUAAAGCAAGGAAAACCUGACCUACCUAGCUAAUGUUGAAAAAGCCAGCUAAUCUUUUUUUCCUGGCAAAUUGAUUUAAUUACUCUACAGUCAGAAUUCCAGGGAUAUGGAAGGAAGAAGAGAAGAAUCCUUUGCUCUGCAUGUGAGUCUUUUUGAAUGUGUCUGGAAGGGUUCUUUUUCUCAUCUAACAGAACCAAAAGAUUUAUGUCAAGCAUCAGCCUAAGAUGGUUCAGGAGAUCUAGGGGAGAAAAAUAAGUAUACCAGAAAUCUUCAAUCUAUCAUGUAUUCACUUAGAAUAAAGAAUAAUUUGAUCAGCCUAUGUGAAGGCAUAUGAUUGGUUGUUUUGUUUGUUUGUUUGUUUUUUUGGUUUUUUAAUCCCUUCUGAAAAAAUGGGAACUGUCUCUCAGGAAAGAUAUGAAAGUCAGUCCCAUUACUUUUGCACUUACUUUUGAUUUGCAUAGCUUUGGAACAAAAUGCAGCUAUAGCUAAUAUUAUCCUAUUAUAUCUAGAGAAAAUAUUUAAUUUUUUUAAAGGGCAUUAUUUAAGAUGGAACUGGUUGAUUCUCAAGUGUUCUAGUCCUGGAGGCACCCCCUGGGCUAGGACCCAUUAUCCAGUUGCCAUGACAGUAAAGCAAACAGCAGAUAAUGUUGGGAAAAGUAGGUUAUUUACCUCCUCAAGAACCCUUCUCGUUGAUAUCUUAUCCCCCCAGGGGUUCUGUUGAUGUCUAACUACACCCUGACAUACUAUUCUUUUUCUAGAAAAAGCUAAACUGGGGUGAACAUAGGCAUUUCUAUUUGCACUAUUCAGAUACCAGCUAUAAUGGGAAAAACCAUGAGUUGGAAUCUAUUUUGUAAAUUGCUUCUAACUGUCAAGUUCACCCAAACAGUUGCUCUGUAGAGAUGAAUUGCUGCUAAGAACUUUAAUGUGAAUCUGUGAUGUUCUGCUUUAGUUAUAAGUACUGUACAUGAAGUCUGAGAACUACAAUAAAUAUGAUUUUAAUAACACA